AUGCCAGCAAUGGCUUCGCAAGGCAAAAUUGAUCGGAUCGAACUCGAGAACUUCAAAUCUUACAAAGGUCACCAAGUCAUCGGUCCUUUCUUUGAUUUCACCGCGAUUAUUGGUCCCAACGGUUCUGGAAAGUCUAACCUCAUGGAUGCUAUAAGCUUCGUGCUCGGUGUUCGAACCAGUCAACUCAGAGGCGGGCAGUUGAAGGACUUGAUUUACGCUUUUGACGACCGGGAAAAGGAGCAAGGAGGUCGUAGGGCUUCUGUUAAGUUGGUUUAUCGACUUGAAAACGGUACUGAACUCUUGUUUACUCGUAUUAUUACUAGUGCCGGGGGAAGUGAGUACAUGAUCGAUGAUAGGGUUGUGAAUUGGGAUGAUUAUAAUGCCAGGUUGAAAUCUCUUGGAAUUCUCGUGAAGGCCAGGAAUUUUCUGGUUUUUCAGGGUGAUGUGGAGUCUAUCGCAUCUAAAAAUCCUAAAGAACUUACGGUGCUUCUUGAGCAAAUAUGUGGGUCUGAUGAAGAUAAGAGAUUGUAUGAAGAUCUGGAAGAAAAGAAAGGUGCAGCUGAGGAAAAGUCUACACUUGCUUAUCAGAAGAAAAGGACAAUUGUCAUUGAGAGAAAGCAGAAGAAGGAGCACAAGAAAGAGGCCCAGAAACAUAUGCGUCUGCAACAAGAGUUGAGAUCUUUAAAGAAGGAUCACUUGUUGUGGCAGUUAUUUAACAUAGAAAACGAUGUUGAGAAGGCCAAUCAGGAGAUUCAAGCUGAAAGUAGUAGACUUGAAGAAGUUGAGAAUGAAUUGGGUGGUUAUGAGAAUGAAUCAUGCAAAAAAGAAAAGGAACAAGCUAAAUAUAGAAAAGAAAUUGAUAAACAAGAAAAGAAGCUUGCAGAGAAGAAAAAUAAAAUUGAUAAAUAUCAACAGGAGCUUCUGAAGCCAAAGGAGGAGAAGUUUCGGUUGAUUGCAAAACUUGAAAACACUGAGAAAGAGCUUGAGAAAAGGAAAGAAGAGAAGAAGAAACACAUGCUUGAAAUACAGAAGCUUCAGGAUGACUUGGAGGACCUUACAAACCAACUCAAUAACUUACAAAUAAAAGCUCAAUCUGAAAAAGGGAAGCAGCAACUUCACUUAACUGAUCAUCAGUUGGAGGCGUAUAAUCGCAUUAAAGAGGAAGCUGGUAUGAAGACUAUCAAGUUAAGGGACGAAAAAGAUGUCCAAGAUAGGGAACAACAUGCUGACGUGGAAGCUGAAAAGAAUCUGGAAGAGAAUCUUCAACAGUUAGAGAGUAGGAAACAAGAGCUUGAGUCACAACAGAAACAAAUACAAAGUAGACUAAAGAAGAUUCUAGAAGCCAUUGACGAACAUAAUGAAGACCUCAAACGACUCAAAAAGGAACAAAAUGACAUCAUCAAGAAGGUUGGAGAUUCCAAAGUAAAAUAUGAGAAGUUGAGGGGUGAUAUAAGUGAUUUGGAGAAUAAGUUACGUGAGUCGAAGGCUGACAAAAAUUCAAAUAAAAGGGAUACAAAGUUGUCAGAAACAGUUGAGGCUCUCAUGCGUUUAUUUCCUGGUGUUCAUGGUCGUAUGACUGACCUUUUCAAGUCAACACAGGAUAAAUAUAACCUUGCUGUUACUGCUGCUAUGGGCAGAUUUAUGGAUGCUGUAGUUGUUGAUAAUGAGGAUACAGGAAAAGAAUGCAUCAAGUAUUUGAAUGACCAAAGGCUUCCUCGAAUGACUUUUAUACCUCUUAACUCAAUCCGAGUUGAGCCAAUUAUUGAGAAGCUGCGUGCCUUAGGUGGAACUGCAAGGCUUAUCAUUGAUGUGAUCCAAUAUCCUUUUAACUCUCAUAUAGAUUUUAAUUCAAUUUGGGACCCCACACCACAUGCAAUCAGUUAUAAGCUUGUUUACUUAACAAUCAAACAAAUGAUCAAGUAG